AUGCCGAAACCGCGCUCGUCUCAGCGCCCUCUGUCCACAUCUUCCUCAAUCCCCUUAACCUUCACCGACUCCCUCCCCCUCCCUACGAUAAUAGUCUUCGACCUAGAUUACACGCUGUGGCCCUUCUGGGUGGACACGCACGUGUCUGCACCUGUUAAACCACAGACCUCGACACCGGGCGGUUUCAAUACUCACAUGCUUGAUCGGUGGGGUGAAUCUUUCGGGUUCUACUCCGAAGUUCCUCAGAUACUGGCUGCCGCACGGGAUAAAGGCAUAGUCAUGAGUCUGGCGAGUAGGACCCACGCACCAGACCUGGCAAGGGAUAUGUUAAAAGGCCUCCAUGUCCCGGCAUCGCCGCAGAGUGAAUCUGGGGAGACACCAGGAACAAAGCCGUUGAGAGCGAUUGAUUUUUUCACCCAUCCACAAAUAUACCCGGGGUCUAAAACAACACACUUUCGCCAUCUCCAAACCCAACUCUCAAAAUCACCACCGUCCUCUGCUGCCGGUGGACCUGGUCAUGGCCAAGGAGGACGAAAGAUACCGUUUGACGAAAUGCUCUUUUUCGACGAUGAAGGUAGGAACCGUAAUGUGGAGACAGAAUUGGGAGUUACCUUUUACUUGGUUCCAGAUGGAGUUGAUAAAGAACAGGUCGAUCGAGGAGUUUGGGAAUGGAGGAAAAGAAGAGGAAUCACACCGAAUGACUUGAGGAACGAGCGGGUGGCUGAGUUGGAGGGCUGA